CGGCCAUUUUGUUCUUCUCGUGGUUCCAGUGGGGAAAGAAGGAGGAAGCAGGGAGCGGGGCGGUUGGGGGGGACCCGCCGCGGCUUUUGCCACCGCCGCCACCACCAUCUCUGUGCUCGUGGCGUGGGAAAGGAGGUGUAAAUCCCGGGCGCGAGCCGGCGGCGGCGCCACUGCGGGAGGGUCGGCGGUGGGAAGGCGAUGGCGGAUAUAGAUAAACUCAACAUCGACAGCAUCAUCCAACGGCUGCUGGAAGUGAGAGGGUCCAAGCCUGGUAAGAAUGUCCAGCUACAGGAGAAUGAAAUCAGAGGACUGUGCUUAAAGUCCCGAGAGAUCUUUCUCAGUCAGCCUAUCCUACUAGAACUUGAAGCACCACUCAAAAUAUGUGGUGAUAUCCAUGGACAAUACUAUGAUUUGCUUCGACUUUUUGAGUACGGUGGUUUCCCGCCAGAAAGCAACUACCUGUUUCUUGGGGACUAUGUGGACAGGGGAAAGCAGUCAUUGGAGACCAUCUGCCUCUUACUGGCUUACAAAAUCAAAUAUCCCGAGAAUUUUUUUCUUCUCAGAGGAAACCACGAAUGUGCCAGCAUUAAUAGAAUUUAUGGAUUUUAUGAUGAAUGUAAAAGAAGAUAUAACAUUAAACUAUGGAAAACUUUCACAGACUGCUUUAACUGUUUACCGAUAGCAGCCAUCGUGGAUGAGAAAAUAUUCUGCUGUCAUGGAGGUUUAUCACCAGAUCUUCAAUCUAUGGAGCAGAUUCGGCGAAUUAUGCGACCAACUGAUGUACCAGAUCAAGGUCUUCUUUGUGAUCUUUUGUGGUCUGACCCCGAUAAAGAUGUCUUAGGCUGGGGUGAAAAUGACAGAGGAGUGUCCUUCACAUUUGGUGCAGAAGUGGUUGCAAAAUUUCUCCAUAAGCAUGAUUUGGAUCUUAUAUGUAGAGCCCAUCAGGUGGUUGAAGAUGGAUAUGAAUUUUUUGCAAAGAGGCAGUUGGUCACUCUGUUUUCUGCACCCAAUUAUUGUGGAGAGUUUGACAAUGCAGGUGCCAUGAUGAGUGUGGACGAAACACUAAUGUGUUCUUUUCAGAUUUUAAAACCUGCAGAAAAAAAGAAGCCGAAUGCCACGAGGCCCGUAACACCUCCAAGGGUUACAUCAGGCCUGAACCCGUCCAUUCAGAAAGCUUCAAAUUAUAGAAACAAUACUGUUCUAUACGAGUGACUGAUUAUGCUUUCUUUGGCCUACAUUCUUUAUUCUGCGGUGAAGUUGAGGCUUAUAAGUCAAAACAAAGGAACUAACUUACUAUCCAGCAGUUUAUACAGAACUCACAGUACCUAUGACUUUUUUAAACUAAGAUCUGUUCAAAAGAAAUCUGUUUCAACAGAUGACCAUGUACAAUACCAUGUGGUGAAAAUAAAUUCAGACUUAUUAAAUGAUGAAUUUGUUAAAUUCUCUCAGUGUCAGUUUAUCAGCACAAUACACACAGGAGAACUGUUGAUGGCAUAUUGAGUAGCUUUUAAUGAAUAAAUUGCUCUGGAAACCA